GAGGAAGAGGAAGAGGAAGAGGAAAAAGAUGGAAAAUCAGGAGCCGGAGGAAAACAAGUCUAGAGUUAUUAAGGUGGUGUCUGAGGAGUCAUGGGAUUUCUAUAUCAGCCAAGCCACCACCCAAGGCUGCCCUGUUGUUGUGCACUUCACUGCUGCAUGGUGCAUCCCCUCUGUGGCCAUGAACCAGUUUUUUGAAGAACUGGCUUCAAAUUACCCAGAUGCUCUGUUCCUCACUGUUGAUGUGGAUGAAGUUAAGGCGGUUGCGGUCAAAAUGGAAGUAAAGGCCAUGCCCACAUUUCUGCUGAUGAAGGAAGGAGCUCAGGUGGACAGGCUGGUGGGUGCCAAUCCAGAUGAGAUAAGGAAAAGGAUAGAUGCUUUGGUGCAGUCCUUUCGCGUGUAUGUAGCCUAGUGGGUUUAUGCAUACGCACAUAUAGAUAUAUAAUAGUGUAAAUAUGCGGUUGUGCUAUUCCAGACGAGGAUAUGGAUGACUAUGAGUGAAUGAUUUAAAUCCUAAAUUCCUAAUCAUCACUUU